UCAUAUACAAAAAAAAAAAAGCUCUGUCCUCUCUCUUAAUUUUUGAGAUUUCAUAUCAUCAACUUAAUAAAUGGGGAGAAAAUGUUCACACUGUGGUAUAACAGGUCACAAUUCAAGAACUUGCAAAACUCAUAAAGAUGGAAAAUUAAUUUAUGAUGGUAUGAUGAAACUUUUUGGUGUGAAACUUGAAGUACCUUGUUCAUGGAUGAAGAAGAGUUUUAGUGUUGAUUGCCUUUCGAAUUCGUCGAAAACUUCAUCCUCAAUGGCUGCAUCUAAUUUUAGUUAUUGUGAUAUCUCAAAUGGUUAUCUUUCUGAUGUUGGAAGAGCUUCAUAUAAGAAAAAAGGAGUUGCAUGGACAGAGGAAGAACACAGGAUAUUUCUUGUUGGAUUGGAAAAACUUGGUAAAGGAGACUGGAGAGGCAUUUCUAGCAACUUUGUCACCACAAGGACACCAACGCAAGUCGCCAGUCAUGCUCAAAAGUAUUUUCUUCGACAAAAUUCUCUUUGUAAAAAGAAACGUCGAAGGAGUCUCUUUGACAAGGUUGGCAUGGAUAAAUCAACUAUGUUGCUAUUUGAUAAAAUGGUUAUCAAGACAAAUAUUUCAUGUGACAAGUCACACACACAGCCAGAGGAUACAAAUAUUUCCAUGAUAAAUUUCACUACAACUUCAUCAAGCAAAGAUUCAAAGUCAAGUAGUCAACAAUUUUCCAACAAUUUUACAUUUAUUAAUUCAACAACUUUUACAAGUCAUGAUAUUUCAGUUCAAGAUUCACCACUGCCAGACCUUGAGCUCACACUUGCUGUUCCAACAACAAAAAGUACUGCUCUUCUUGCUGGAACUACAAUUACUGUUGUUUGAGUUAAAACAAUUAAAAAGAUUCUGCUUAUAUUUACUAUAUACUAUAACAAGUGUAGGAAAUUAAUUAAACUAAGUAGAUGUCUAUAAAAAUAAUCAUUUAUUAAUA